UGUGGAUUUAGGGGGUGAUGGGUGGGAGACUGGAGGAGGAGCACUUGGCAGCCAGAGUGUAUAUGAGACCCUCAUAAAUUGGGUCCAACAUGAGAGGGCGCUUGGUGUUCCAGAGUGUGCUGAUCCUGUGGCUGGUCCAGAGUGCGCAUACUGGCAGAAAGAGAGCACACAAUGGCGGAGGCACUGGAAGAAGGCUGAUUCCAUUGAAAGGUGUCGGUUCACCAAUGGGUGCGCAGAAUGGCUACGGUGGCUACCCCAAUAAAGGAGUAGGCUACAGUGCGGCAAAUGGUGCAGCGCAAGCUCAGGGAGGGUGGCCACAAGGAUAUGACGAUCAUGCUGGUCCCACCAACCAACAUCCAAUGAAAGGCAACGGCUACAGCUAUCACGCUGGCGUAUUUGGUGCACAAGGAAAUAAAGGCAAUGGUUAUGGAGGUCCUCCUGCUGGACCCCAGAGUGGAAACAAAGGUUACGGUGGUGCUCUUGGUGGAAAUGGAGCCAAGCCAAAUGGCCUGGUGGGUGCUGGACGUAAACCCAUGAAAGGAUACGGCCAGCCAUAUUAUGGAGCAGGUGUGGGAGUGUCUCAAAUUCAAGGGGUUCCCCAGUUUACCAGGAACCAUGGCAAGGCAUACGGUUAUGGUACACAACCAAUGGGUGGCUACACUGGUGGUUAUGGAAUGGGUCUGGGACCACGUUAUGGAAGUGGAGGAAUGAAAGGACCCAAACCAGGAUACGGCGGUGCAGCGGGUGUACCCAACAGACAAGGUGCUGUCCCCAAUGGCUAUGGGAAUGUUGUCAAGCCUAGUGGAUAUGGAGCAAACAAAGGAGGUUAUGGAAUUGGCGCUGUUCCCAAUGGAUAUGGAGCCAAACCUAAUGGUUAUGGAGCUGGUGGCACGAAAGGAUAUGGCCCUGAAACUGGAAAUGGUGCAGCACUUGGAGGAUUUGGAAAUAAACUUAGUGGAUAUGGAUGGCUAGGUGCACGCUCGCCCCCUCAGACCACUAAAGGCGUUGGGCCGAUGUUACCUGGCCAAGGCUUUGGUGGUUUUGCUGGCAUACCAAAUCAACCGGCUAAAGCACCAAACUCUAGAUUUGUCCAGAUGCCGUAUGGUAACGGUCCAAAGAUCCCAGGUGCGCCUAAUGGCAAAGGUCUUAAAGGUGAUGUUCUUUCACCUCAGCAACCAGGCUCAGCUCCCUGGGAGGGCGCCACACCUCAACGACCAAUCAUCGAAGGAGACUCGUUUCUGGCGCCUGAGCCCACCAGUGGCCGGCUUGUUCUGGUGACCCAAGACCAGUACCAGAAGCUGCCCUCACCUGUGCCGCAGGGGAAACUCUACAUGCAGCCGCUGCCCAUCCCGCAGGCUACACCGGUUUAUGCACCGGUUUUCCCUCAGGGUAAAGAGCCCAAGCUUGGUCAUAAAGACUCUUCAGGGUCAGCACCCAUGAGACCACUGGACAAAAGUCUGAAGGCCCCUUCCUAUGAAGCUGGACCAGCAGGAGAGAAUCCUGCAGCCCUUCGUCAAGAUGUUUUUGGGGUGGGCGACGAGCGAGGGUUACGCUCCUGCGAGUUCAGAGAACGUCCUCCAUCCAGAGCAAACACCUGCUCCUACAGCUCCCUUGGAGGAGGAAGUCCAGAAUCUAGAGACUGA